UGUGAAUAUAUUUCAGUGGUUUGGUUCAACACCGAAACAGCCACUGAGCUGAACUGAAAAUGUCACGUGGUUGAAGUUUCGAAGCAGUUGUCAACACUGUGUCGAACUCUUAAACCCUGUGUCGAACUUUUAAGGUGUUGAACGAGAUUGGAGCGGUUUUGAAGGAGCUAUCUCCAGUAACAUCUUGGAAAUAUCACUGUCGGACGUCAACAGCUGCCGCGUUUUAUUGUUGUAUAUUCCACCGAACGUUAGCUAUACAAACUUGUGAUAAUGCCUCGGGGCGGUAAAAAGGGCCACAAAGGCCGAGGGAAACAGUUCAGCAACCCCGAGGAGAUUGACCGACAGAUGAGAUUGCAGAAGGAGAUGGAAGAAAAAAAUGGAGCAGAGAAAGAAAGCUCGUCAGAAUCUGAAGAUGAGAGCAGCAGUGAGGAUGAGACCAGGCGAAGGUGUGGUGUUGAUGGAUUGAUAGAGAUUGAGAACCCAAACCGUGUGACUCAGAAGAGCAAGAAGGUGGCUGAAGUAGACCUGGAUGCGCCCAAAGAGCUGACUCGAAGAGAGAGAGAGGAGAUAGAGAAGCAGAAAUCAAAGGAACGUUACAUGAAGCUCCAUCUGGAGGGAAAAACGGAGCAGGCGAGAGCUGACCUGGCCAGACUGGCCAUCAUCAAAAAACAGAGGGAGGAGGCUGCCAGAAAGAAAGAAGAGCUCAGGAAAGAAAAAGAAGCUGAAGAAGCCAAAGCAAAGCGCUAAUCCUCCGUUGCGAUGUUUCCACACGCUCUUCAGUCUCAGGGAUGGAGAGGAGGAAUCGGGCGAUCCGGAGGAGGUGAAGGGGGAGGGGACCAAUACACACCAUGUCUUAUCAGGGCUCAGUUCCUCAUCUUAAACCAGAGGGGCGUGGUCUUCCAUCAGGGUGUGCUGAGAACAGGGAAAAUGGGUGGAGUCAAGGUAGCGGAAGCAGAAUGGAUCAUUUGGAAUGUCUCAAGUUUAGGUUCCAGACUUUCCAAAUGCUUCAUGACCUCUUUGCUUCUCCACCCUGCACAGUUGGGAGUUUUUGUUUGUUUGUUUUUGUUUUUAAGCUGCUGAUGAUGUUUCCAUUACUUUUUCAUACAUGAUGGGGUUUUUUUCCCUCUCGCUGUGUUCUUUUCUUCUGUAAGAACAUUAUUGUGUGGAAGGAAGCACUGAUAGUUUUUUUUAAUUAAUAUCCACCACAGGUUUAAUCUUUUUCAACAAACUACCACCCAGUGUUGCCACAGUAACUUUGAAAAGUUGCUCUAUUAAUUACUUAGUCCAGUUACUUUCUUAUCUGCUGUGAACAACUUGUCAGCAGCUGCUGAAUGUAACUAGUAAUGUAACUUGGUUAUUUUAAGACUGAGUAACUUUGCUGAGUACUCAAUCUUAAGAGCAACCAAGUUCGAUUACUCAUUACCUUAUUAGUUACAUUACUUAUUAGUUAUAAGUUGUCAGCAGCUGCUAAUAAAGUAACUUUUCAAAGUAACUGGUCACACUGCUACUGCCCAGUUUAGCUUCUGCAUUGCUUUCGAGUGUCUUGUUGAAAUGGGAAAUUUGAAAUAAUAAUGAGAGCAUGUGUUAGAGGUCGUCUUGGGUAUUAAAAAAAGCGCUUGGAGCUAAACAUAUUUUACAAAUGUUGUGGUUGGCAUCCAGUCCACAUAAAGAGAUGCAGUGAGUCAUUCAUGCACAAAAAGUUUAUUUUUCCUACUUUGUCAAAUCCCAGCUCAAUGAUGGAAAUCGUUUAAUCAGGACGGUGAUGUUUGCAGGGAGAGUGUCAGUGACUGGAAAUAGAUCUGUUUGUGCCGUAGCCACAGAAAUAAAAGUCUCUAAGCAACAAAACCGACGACAGCGGUGCACAACUCACAAAGAACAUAAAUCAAUCAUUGGAAAU